GUAUGGUCACACUGGCACAAUUUGUCGCUCUGUUUUUCGUUGUGCUGUUGUCACUUUUGUAAUUAACUGGUGUUUCAGUUGAACCACACGCCGCCUAAACAAACUUGAGAUCAUCAUGGCUGCAGCGGAGAUUAAGGUGCUGCAGGAAACAUUCGAUGAACUGGGCAGGGGCAAGGAGAAUGGUCAUGACGGUGCUGACAUCGAAGCGACGAAAUCGGCAAUCAGGAGAAUGCUGACGCGAACGGAAAGCUAUCAAGCGCGAGUCCGCAAACACAUCGAUAAGAACUAUACGGAUUUCAUGUCCAAUCACACAUCGCCGGACAUCUAUAUGGAUGAGUCGCAAUCGCUGCAACGGGAAAUCAACGAUCUGCUCGAGACGGUUGGCGAUCAGGGAUUGCAAGCCCUCAAUGAAAGCAAUAAUAAGAUGGCAGCCAGUGGCCGGGAGCUAAAGGAAUUACUCCUGGGAAUGCAUGUCACUGAACAUAUAUUAAAAAUCGAUGAUCUCUUUCAGUGUGUGGAGGAUGCCAGGAGUAGUAAUGACCACCUGGUGGUGCUCGAUCUGAUUGGACGUCUACGUACCCUGAUCUUUGGCGAGGCCAGUGCCACACCGCAGGAUGUGGAGCGGAUAUUCCAAAAUUUGGACUGCUAUGACACCAUUAAAGUUAAAUAUCACGUUCAAUCACAUUUGCUUCAGCAGAAUCUACAAGAGCGUUUUGAUCGUUUGGUUCAGCUCAAUUGCAAAUCCUUUCCGAACUCUCGCUGUGUGACUCUAAUGGUCAGCAAGGACGAGCCACAGUUGCAAGAUAUAGGCAAUGCAUUAUUCCAAGAGCGCUAUAACCCAGUUAAAUUGUGUGAGUUUCUCCUAAACAAUUGCAUUGAACCGCUCAUCACGAAGCCGGUGUCGGUGGAGUUUCAGGAAAAUGUAGAAAGCAUUGCCAAUGAUGAUAACUAUUACCAGCUCUCUUUAUCUUAUUCCACCAAGACGGAAAGUCCCACGGCGGGACAACUGCGACCUAACUACAAGCAGGUCUUGGAGCAUAUUAAAUUGCUGCUAAACACAUUAAGUGGCAUCAACUGCAGCGUAUCCCAGACCCAGCAUGUGUUUAGCAUUAUUGGCGACCAUAUCAAGGAUCGAUUGUUGGAAUUGCUUGUCCAUGAAUGCCUAAUACCAGCCGUGCCAGAGACAAUGGAGGAGCGUCAAAACUGUACACUUUGCGACGAUGUUGUCCAUUUCGAACAGUAUUUGGCCGACACAUUCCUUAUCAAUCCCGAAGUGGAUCGGGAUCUGCGUCAGUUCUGUGAGCAAUAUGAGACUUAUUAUCGGAAUCGUCUCUUUAGCAGAGUUUUGGAGACGGUACGGGAAAUAAUCCAAAGGGAUAUGCAGGAUAUGAUGCCGGUGGGGCAUAUCAAUCAGGCCUCAGGAGAAGAAGCCGAUCCAAUUAUUUUUCCACGCUGCAUGAUAUCCAAGAACGUUCAGGAUUUUGUUAAGCUUAUGGAACGUAUUGUGCGUCAGACGGCAGAUAAGCCAGGCGAAGCUGGUGAUAAAACUGCUGAUCCUUUGGACGGUCUCAUUGACCUAAUGCUGGGCACCUAUGUGGAUGAAGUUCCCAAAAUUCACAAAAAACUCCUCGAAAGCAUUCCACAGCAAGCGGUGCUGUUCCACAAUAAUUGCAUGUAUCUUACACAUUGGUUGUCCCAAGAUACCAACAAGAGUGCCAGUCUGGUGCAAUUGCUGAGGUCAACGGGUCAAAAACAUUUUCGUAUUCAAAUCGAUUACCAGAUCUCUAUCCUAAUGGAGAUUAUGUCGGGAUUUGUGCUUGAUAGUGGCCACACUUUGGGCACAAUUCCAUUGAAGUUGAUCCGUCAAUGUCUGCGGCAAUUGGAAUUGAUCAAGAAUGUGUGGCAAAAUGUCUUGGCCGAAAAUGUAUACAAUUCGUCCUUCUGCGAGCUAUUAAAUGCCUUCACAUCCGAGCUAAUACGUCGCAUUUUCACACUGCGCGAUAUCUCAGCUACCAUGGCCUGCGAGCUAAGCGAUCUCAUCGAUGUGGUACUCGACAAGGCGCCGACACUUUUCAGCAAUAAACAUGAAGUACUCCAGGUGGCCACGUGGAUGAAAUUGCAGCAAUUGAAAACCAUGAUGAAUGCCUCGCUGAAGGAGAUCACAGAGCAAUGGUGCGAUGGUGUUGGUCCCCUAACGGCGAACUAUAAGCCGGAGGAGAUCAGGUAUCUGAUACGAGCUCUAUUUCAAGAUACAGAUCGGCGGGCAAAGGCCAUAACGCAAAUUGUCUAAGCUAAGCUUAUAAUUUUAAUUUAUAUAUUUGUCUACAGUGAAUUAUACAUAUAUACACAAACACACGCGCAUGCACGCAGUAAACUA